CCUGAGCCCCGCUGCCGCCCGGGGGGACCCCUGGCAGCCCGGGGGGGAUGGCGCUCAGCUCCCGGGCUCACGCCUUCUCGGUGGAAGCCCUGGUGGGACGCUCGGCCAAGAGGAAGGUGCCGGAGGGUCGCGAUGAGGAGCCCGGCCCCGGCUGCCGGCCGGGUCGCAGAGCCCCGGAGGCGGGUGGGUACCGGAGGGAGCCCGGCGAGGCGGGGAGCCAGGGCCGCCCCCUGCCCCGGCAGCCUCCCGAGCCGCCCCCUGCCCUUUGUGUUCCCUGCAGAGAAGCGACCCAAGGCCGGUGCCGAGAGCCGGGCGGGCGGGGUGCAGGUGGAGCUGCAGGGCUCCGAGCUCUGGAGGAGGUUCCACGACAUCGGCACUGAGAUGAUCAUCACCAAGGCCGGCAGGAGGAUGUUCCCGUCGGUCCGGGUGAAGGUGAAGGGGCUGGAGCCGCUGCAGCAAUAUUACAUCGCCAUCGACGUCGUGCCCGUGGACUCCAAAAGAUACAGGUACGUCUAUCACAGCUCGCAGUGGAUGGUGGCGGGGAACACGGACCACUCCUGCAUCACCCCGCGCCUCUACAUCCACCCCGACUCCCCCUGCUCGGGGGAGACCUGGAUGAGGCAAAUCAUCAGCUUCGACCGCGUGAAGCUCACCAACAACGAGAUGGACGACAAGGGGCACAUCAUCCUGCAGUCCAUGCACAAGUACAAGCCCCGCGUCCACGUUAUCGCCCAGGAUUCUCGCUUCGAUCUAGCGCAGAUCCAGUCGCUGCCGGCCGAGGGGGUGCAGACCUUCUCCUUCCAGGAGACCGAGUUCACCACCGUCACGGCCUACCAGAACCAGCAGAUCACGAAGCUGAAAAUCGACAGGAAUCCUUUCGCCAAAGGUUUUCGGGACCCCGGCAGGAACAGGGGGGUCCUGGACGGGCUCCUGGAGACCUACCCGUGGAGAGCCCCCCUCGCCCUGGACUUCAAGGCUUUCGGCGCAGACAGCCAGGGUGGGAGCUCCAGCUCUUCUCCAGUGGCCUCCAGCGGUGGGACCCCCUCUCCUCUGAACCCCCUGCUCUCUCCAUCGUGCUCCCCUCCCACGCUUCACUUGCCCACGAGCAACCUGGGCAUGUCGUGCCCCGAGAGCUUCCUGCACCCCCUCAACCUGCCCCUCUACUACAAGAUCUGCCCUACGAGCUUCUUGAGACAGCAGGCGCUCCUCUUUCCGAGCCACGAAAAACUGGGAGCCACCAACCCACACCUUUUACCCCACUUCAUGGUGGAUAUGCCCAAACUGUCUUCCCUGAAAAACGCCAAAGCCGAAGACUUAAACGCUCAGUGCCUACAAGCCCCCGGUUCUGCUGGUCAAAUGCUGUAUGGAUUACAUGCAUCUGGAAACAUUUUCCCAUCAAGUCCCAUUGCUCGGGAAGCACUUAAUUGUUCUUUACAUCCUCCAUAUGGCUUGUAUGGUUAUAACUUCUCUGUGCCAUCCAGACUGAUGAAUGCAGCAGGGCAUUUCAAAGUGAGUGACAGCAUUCCGGCUGCUUUGAGGGACGGCAGAUGCAAUCACUCCAACUGGCACCCCACAAUUAACCACUGCCUUUAG